GAGGAUAAAGCAAGAUGGCGUCUGACGGUGAAGACGUUAUUGCAGUCAUCACAGUUCAGUGUUCUUAAUCUGUGCCUCCAUGUACACAUAUAUGUCCUUUAUUACACUCUAGUAAAUAGAGUAAACAUCGUUAAUAACUGUUUGCAUCCGGUUAUAUUAGUCUGAGCGCACUUUGAUGCUUCUCCAGCUAGCUUAGCUUGCUAGUUAGCUUAGCUUGUUAGCUGCUAACAAAGAGAGGCGGAAGUGAUCAAAACACAUCGCUAAGCAGAGAUCAAGUGUGAGUGUAAAGUGUUGUGAUUGUGUGAAAAUGUGCGAAAGAACCAUAGCAGAGUACGAGGAGGAACUUUGUCCAACAAAAGAGGAGAAGGAGCGACAACAUCAAAAACAUCAAGUUGUGUUACACAGAACAGACAUCCAUCAGCUGAUUGGACACCGAGAAAAAUGUCUCCCUCAUCUGCAGGGGGACGGUUUCACUUUAGAGUAUCCACAGCCCUCAUAUUUUAAAGGGGACAAGGAGGAUCCAAAGCCCCCUUGUUUUAAAGAGGAAGAGGAGGGAGAGUGUCCUGUAGGGCAGGAGGAGGCUGAUCUCAGCAAGUUUCCACUGACUGUUGUCUCUGUGAAGACUGAAGAGCAUGAAGACAAACCACCUGAGUCCUCACAGCUUCAUCACAGUCCAAACGUCUGUGAAGAACAUCUUCCCUCCAACCCAAAGAAGUGGAGCUUCAAGAUGAGCAAGGAGGAGCCACAGCCCUUCCACAUUAAGGAGGAAGAAGAGGCGCCACAUACAUUGCAAAUGCAAAGGGAAGAAAAUAACCCACUGAAAUCCCAUUUUAAAGAGGAAGAGGAGGAACACAGCAUCAGUCAAGAAUGGUUGAAAGAGUUCCAUGUGAUUGUGAAGAGUGAAGAUGAUGAGGUCAAAGGUGAGAGUGAGGAGAGGGGAGGGGGGGAGCCUCCAAGCAGCAGCUCAACUCAACACAUGACAACAGAAGCUGAUGGAGACCACUGUGGAGGAUCACAAGCAGACAAGCUCUUAGCUCCACUAUCAGAUAGUGAGGACACAACGUCACACUCUCCUGACACUGAUGAUGAAGACUCUAAAGAUGAUAAGACAUGUCACACUGACAACACACACUUCACAUGUUCUCACUGCGACAAAACGUUUAAACAUAAUUGUCAUCUGGCAAGACACAUGAGAAUACACACCGGAGAAAAACCGUUUUCUUGCUCAGAAUGUGGUAAAGGUUUUAUACAAAGUCACAAUUUGAAAGUACACAUGAGAACACACACUGGAGAAAAACCUUUUUCAUGUUCAGUGUGUGGCAAAGGUUUUGUACUAAGACGCACUUUGAAAGUACACAUGAGAACACACACUGGACAAAAACCAUUCAUGUGCUCAAUUUGUGGUAAAAGGUUCAGCGACCAAUCAGGCUUGAUAAGACACACAAAAAUACACACCGGCGAAAAACCUUUUAUCUGCUCGGAAUGCGGUAAAGGUUUUUUGCGAAGUUUCUGUUUGAAAGCACACAUGAGCAUACACACUGGAGACAAACCUUUGUCAUGUUCAGUCUAUUUUCAGAGUAUGAAAAUAUUGAAGAAGAAACUGAAGCUAUUGAGUGAAUAGCUAUUGACGCUAUUCAUAGCCAUAGCAUGGCCGAAUAGCUGCGUUAGCAUCGCCGGUAAAAUGUGCGGACCAAACGAUCAGGACUUUCGCAUCUUUUGACACUGGAGCAACUUAAAUCUGUCGAUUGGUAAGUGUUUGUUUCGCAUUAAAUGUGGGUGGAAGGAAACGUAAUAUAGUUGCAAAUGCAUCUACAGGUUAUCCAUACAUCUCUGUGCCAUGUCUGCUUUAGCACCGCCGGUAAAUAGCAUGUUAGCAUCGAUUAGCGUAGCAUGUUAGCAUCGAUUAGCUGGCAGUCAACAUCAACAAAACUCACAUUUGUGAUUUCGUUGACUAUCGUUGCAAAUGCAUCUGCAGGUUAUCCAUACAUCUCUGUGCCAUGUCUGCCUUAGCAUCGCCGGUCAAAUGUGGAGACACUCUGGCACAUUCAAUGGGGGUCUGGCGGCAGACACUUUGGCAUCUUCGGGCCAGUGGUGCAACUUGAAUCCCUCCCUGUUAGUGUUGUUACACCCUCCGACAACACACCGACGAGGCAUGAUGUCUCCAAGGUUCCAAAAAAUAGUCAAAAAAACGGAAAAUAACAGAGCUGAGACCCGGUGUUUGUAAUGUGUUGAAAAUGAAAAUGGUGGGUGUG